CACUUCUCCUUCGGUUUUGGUAGUCUUUUGAUUCUUCACCCUCUCUCUCCAUCGAUAACUUGAAGCGAUUCCCUCACUCGGGUCCCUCCUAAAUUUCGUUUCUAAAGCUAGGGAUUUUCCUUUCUUUUUAGUUCUUCUUUGCAUUUCCAAAUACCCAUUUCAAAUCUGCGUUCAAAAUCUCAAAUGUCAUCGUCCACUGUGUCAAUUACCGCAAACCCUUCUGCUGCUUCCUUGCGUAGACCUCUAGUGACCGGUGAGAAGAAAUCAGCCUUAGAUUUGGCCGGUAGUGAUGGAAUUGAUGCUUCUCCGGGCAGCGGCGGCGAAAACAGCAGAGGGAAAGAUCCCACUCAUUCAAUUAGAGCAAGAGUAGGAGCAGAAACCGUCCUUGAAAGAUCUAGAGAUGCCAAGAAUCCUGUACCCACCAAUUCAACUACCAAGUUGCGGAAGCGAACCGUCGCUAAGAAGGGAAACGUCCCCUCUUCUUCGAGGCCUCCAUGGAAGACGGCUCUCAGUGUGAUUAUGAAGAAUUUUGCUCUUCUACUUGUACUCUUGCUUUUGGCUCAGAUGAUUCGUAGGCUUGCGUUCAAUCAAGGGAGCGGUUACGAUUCCAUUCUUAUCCCUUCUUCUGAUUACGAAAGAAGGAUUGCGGAAGUGGAGGCCUUCUUGAAGACUACAACCAAGAUGAUGCAAGUUCAGGUUGAACUCGUGGAUCGGAAGAUUGAGAAUGAGAUUGCGGGCUUGAAAACUGAAUUAAGUAAAAGAAUUGAUGAUGAAGGUGCUGAGUUUUCUAGCCGGUUGAGUGAGUUGGAUGGAAGGGUUGAAAGCAUGGAGAAAUCCUUGGCUGCUACUGAGUGGUUAUCCAAAGAUGAAUUUGAUAAAUUUCUGGAGGAGUUCAAAGGGAAAAAGGGGAUUGAUGAUCUUGGGGACUUAAAACUGGAUGAAGUGAGGGCUUUUGCCAGGGAAAUUGUUGAGAAAGAAAUAGGAAAACAUGCUGCUGAUGGGCUUGGCAGGGUUGACUAUGCGGUGGCAUCAGGUGGUGCAAUGGUGUUGAAGCACUCUGAGGCCUUUCUUGGUACUAGCAGGGUUAGUAAUUGGUUUACUAAAGGCGUGCGGAGUGAUGCUGUGAAGAUGCUGCAACCAAGUUUUGGGCAGCCUGGUGAAUGUUUCCCUCUCAAAGGAAACAAUGGUUUUGUUGAGAUCAAGCUGAGGACUGCCAUUGUUCCAGAGGCUAUUACUCUUGAACAUGUUUCCAAGAGUGUGGCAUUUGACAGAUCAAGUGCUCCCAAGGACUGUAAGAUUUUGGGAUGGUUGCACAACGGGGUGGAUGAUACAACGGAAAAGAAGCAUUUGUUGACGGAGUUCACUUACGACCUUGAAAAGAGUAAUGCACAGACUUUUGAUGUGAACCCAAGCGUGGUGGUUAUUGAUACAAUCAGGCUAGAAUUCAUGUCGAAUCAUGGAAGCCCGACUCAUACUUGCAUAUAUCGGGUGAGGGUCCAUGGUCAUACUCAUGAAUCCAAUGUUUCCUAAACAAUCUUGUUUGUUUGUAGUAACGCAGUUUGGAGUGUUUUGAGGUUUUAUGGAAUUCAUAUGACUUGUUUUGUCUGUCGUCCCACGAUCUUUCUCUUCGUUUUUUGGGGGUUUGUUUGAACAGUUAAAUUUAAUGGUUGUUAGAGGGUAAGCAAGCUUAGCUCUUUAUUAUAUGUUAUGUUGUUGUAUCAUCGAUCAUUCAGUGGUUGGAUUAGUUAUGUGUAUGUUUGCAAUGUGAUGGAGCCUUUUUUUGUUGGUGU